GGGCGUAGUUCAAAUACCCACGCUAUCAAGAGAAAGUCUUUGUUUGAGAAAUCUAUUACUGAUCUGUUUUUGAAGACAACUCUGAACCAACUCUCAUAUCUGACUCGGCUAUCUGCCAAAACACACCUUCAUCACUUCACAGAGAACUAUUUAAAUAGAAAAACACUUACCAACCACUCUCUGUUGUUACCCUCUGCAAACACGAGAUGGCCUCCACCACAACAUCAGUAAGACAUACAGGUAUUACUCCCGCCUCUGAAACGUGGGCCAAAAUUGAGGAAACAACCACGUCACAGCCGGACUACCUCCCACUUGGAAGUGUCGAUGUAGCGGCACGUACUGAUGCUAGUAUACUAGCUCAAGAACAAACUAUCCCUAGCAUGUCCAAAAGAAAAAAACUGCUUUCGGGAGAAUCGACGAAGACCUGUACACCGUGGAAAACUAAAGACUAUCCACGAGACCCACCUGGGCUUCAUGAGGAGAUUAGCGAUUGCUACGAGUAUCUGAAACCUCGACCGUCUGAGAUCCGGAUGAGGGCCGAUGUUAUAACCCGAGUGGCUCAUAUAAUCAAAAACCGAUGGCCUCAUGCCGUUGUGAGUGUGUUUGGAAGUGUGUGUAACAACUUGUUUCUACCCACAAGUGAUAUUGACUUGGUUGUUCUAGGCCAGUGGGCUAAGCUGCCUCUGUUCUCGCUUGAAGAGGAUUUUGUCACCGCUGACAUUGCUGUAGACGGUAGUAUUCUAGUCCUGGACAAGACCAGCAUUCCAAUCAUCAGAUUCAUCGACAAAGUAACGGAGGUCAAAGUGGACAUCAGUUUUAAUCGAGAUACAGGAAUCGAAAGUGCGAGAAUGAUAACAUCGUUCAUUCACGAGUAUCCUGCCCUGCCCAAACUUGCCCUUGUGAUAAAGCAGUUCCUGACUCAGCGUAAUCUCAACGAGGUCUUCUAUGGUGGCAUCAGUUCGUACAGUAUCAUCCUUCUCAUUGUCAACUUUCUGCAAGUUCACCCGAGGUACAAAGCUGCAGACUCUGACGCAAAUCUAGGAGUUCUUCUAAUCGAGUUUUUCGAGUUGUAUGGCCGAAAUUUCAACUACAUGAAGACAGGUAUCACAGUGUUGGAUGGAGGUUCGUACUUCGACAAAAAUGAUCUGGCUGAUGAUCGAUCGAUGUUGUUCAUUAUUGACCCCACUGACCCUAAAGCCGGCAAUGCUAGCAGGGGGUGCUACGGCAUGUGGCAAGUGAAGCAAUCAUUCGAGCAAGCUUUCCUGCGGCUACACACUCUAGUGCUGACUCGAGAUAACCCGACUCCAAAAUGUGACUCGCUUCUUAGUUCAAUUAUUCAAGUAUCGGCUGAAGUUGACGAGUAUCGAAACUGGGUGGAUGCCAACUGGCCUGCCCACCCCCUCUCACCGCAAGCAUCUAGUUCACCGUAUUUUGUACAGCUGGGGCCGCUAUUGACCACACCCACAUACGUCCAACAACAGUACCCCUCGAUGGUGUAUAGUCCCGUUAAUGGUGCUUCUUAUUCUAUGACAAAUCAUUACACGCAACAGCAGCCUGCCCCGAUCACGCCCAUCUCCUCAACACAAUCAACCACGAACGAUGUGAGUAGCUAGUACUGUUUUUCUACUAUUGUAACUUUGUCUUUUCUACCUCUUUCAUGUUAAGGCUCUCUUUAUAUGUACUCUCUUUUGAACCGUUUAUCAGCGUUACAGUGCCAGGAAGGACUUUUCUGUUGCCUUGAUUUAUUUGUGAUUACAUACGUGUUUUAUGUGCACAUGUGUAUGAAUGGUGUGUGUGCAUGUCACUUGUAUGUAUCCCCAACAAAACUCAAGUUCAUGUUAUAAACAUUAUUUUCAACAGUCA